AUGUUGCCAGAAGGAUGGAGAGAUUCUCUCGAAUCUGAUACUUCCUUUGAUAAAGACAGAAUGAUUGAUUUAAUGAGUGAACAUUGCAUAUACUCAAGUGAAAAUAUAUAUUCUCUUAUCAAGCAAUUAGAUAAAUAUUGUUUUAACCAUGAAAUUGCCAAGGAAAAAUUACUACCUUUCGUUCCAAAGAUUUUGAGAUAUUUGUUC